AUGGCUGGGAUAUCUAACAGAGACAAACUCCGACUUGGGGGAGGAAAGAGCCGAUGCUCUGGACGAGUGGAAAUCUGGCACAAUGGCUCCUGGGGGACUGUAUGUAGUUUCAACUGGGACCUAGAAGAUGCUAAUGUGGUUUGUCAGCAGCUGGGCUGUGGCUCUGCUCAGGCUGCUCUGAAAUGGGGUGCGUUUGGCCCAGGAAAUGGGUCCAUCUGGCUGGAUGAGGUACAGUGCACAGGGACAGAGUCCUUUCUGUGGAAUUGUCCUGCAAAGCCUUGGGGGCAGAAUAACUGUAUUCAUGAGUAUGAUGCUGGUGUCAUGUGCUCAGGAUUUAUCAAGCUGGUUGCUGGGGAUGGCCCCUGUAAUGGGAGGGUGGAAGUAAAUGCUGAAACAAAAUGGAGCACAGUCUGUGAUUGGAAUUUUACCCUUCCUACUGCCAAAGUCAUCUGUGCUGAGUUACAGUGUGGGACUGCAGUCUCUAUCAUGAAAGGAGCUCACUUUGGAAGAGGAAAUGGACCCAUCUGGGACAAAGAAUUCCAGUGUAAUGGAAGUGAACCUCUUCUGCCAUUGUGCCCCACAGUACCACUUCCACAGGGAAAAUGCAGUCACAGCAUGGAUGUUGGAGUCAUUUGUUCAAGGUACACAGACUUUCGUCUGAUGAAUGGAAGCUCCCAAUGUGAAGGAAGAGUGGAGAUCCAAGUUUUGGGGACCUGGAGAACUCUCUGUGAGUCCCACUGGGACCUGGCAGAUGCCAACGUUCUCUGCCACCAACUCAGCUGUGGUGUUACCACAAAGCCUCCAGAAGAUGUCCAUUUUGGCAAAGGAAGUGUCCAGAUCAUAGGGGAUACAUUUUAUUGCACAGGGACAGAGUCUCAUUUGUGGGAUUGUCCUGUGACUAUUCUGGGGACUUCUCAAUGUUCCAAAGGAAAAGUUGCCUCUGUAGUAUGCUCAGGAAACCAGUCCCAGUCCCUCACCUUCAAUAAUUCACAGUACGACCAGGAAUUGGCACCUGUCUUAUUUUCAGAAAAUGGACAGCUUCGUCUGUUGAAUGGAAGUGGUCCCUGCUCUGGAAGAGUUGAAGUCUAUUACAAUGGUACCUGGGGGACCAUCUGUGAUGAUUCUUGGGACCUGAGUGAAGCCCACGUGGUGUGCAGGCAGCUGGGCUGUGGAGUGGCCCUCAAAAUCAUGGUCUCUGCUCACUUUGGACAAGGAUCAGGGCCAAUCUGGCUGGAUGAGCUUAAUUGUUCUGGCAAUGAAUCCCACCUAGGGGAGUGCCCUUCUGUCCAUUGGGGUCACCAUGACUGCAGACACAAAGAGAAUGUGGGAGUCCUCUGCUCAGAAUCCCUGGAUUUCAGGCUGGUGAGUGAGGACUAUAAGUGCUCUGGGUGGCUAGAAGUUUUCUACAAUGGAACAUGGGGUAGUGUUUGCUCCAACUCCAUGGAAGACAGCACUGUAUCGGUAAUUUGUAGACAUCUGAGUUGUGGCUCCAAGGGGCGUAUUGAAACAUUUUCUAGCCCCAGAGAAGGUUUGGGGGCCAGGUGGAUAGACAGAAUCAUGUGCCAAGGUCAAGAAUCCUUCCUGUGGCAUUGUCCUUCUCAACCUUGGGACCAGAAUUCUUGCCAGCAGGGAGAGGAAGCCCUUAUCACGUGUGAAGACAAAGACAAACUCCAACUCAAGGGAGGAGACACUCGAUGCUCUGGACGAGUGGAGAUCUGGCACAAUGGCUCCUGGGGGACUGUAUGCGUUGACCCACAGGACCAAAUGGCAGUUGCUAAUGUGUUUUGUCAGCAGCUGGGCUGUGGCUCUGCUGUGGAUGUUGUGAGAGGGGCUGUAUUUGGCCCAGGAGAAGGGAUCAUCUGGUUGGUACAGUGCAAAGGGACAGAGUCUUCUCUGUGGGAUUGCCAUAGAAGGAUAGAGCAAAAUUUCUGUACUCAUGAGUAUGAUGUCGGUGUAAGGUGCUCAGGAUUUGUCAAGCUGGUUGCUGGGGAUGGGCCCUGUAAUGGGAGGGUAGAAGUAAAUUCUGAAAGAAAAAUGAGCACAGUCUGUGAUUGGAAUUUUACUCUUUCUACUGCCAAAGUCAUCUGUGCUGAGUUACAGUGUGGGACUGCAGUGUCCAUCAUGAAAGGAGCUCACUUUGGAAGAGGAAAUGGACCCAUCUGGGAUAAAGAAUUCCAGUGUAAUGGAAGAUACACAGACUUUCGUCUGAUGAAUGGAAGCUCCCAAUGUGAAGGAAGGGUGGAGAUCCAAGUCUUGGGUACCUGGAGAAAUCUCUGUGACUCCCACUGGGACCUGGCCGAUGCCAACGUACUCUGCCAUCAGCUCAACUGUGGUAUUGCCAUGAAGCCUCCAGAAGAUGUACAUUUUGACAAAGGAAUUGUCCAGAUCAUAGGGGAUACAUUUUAUUGCACAGGGACUGAGUCUCAUUUAUGGGAUUGUCCUGUGACCAUUCUGGGGACUUCUACUUGUUCCAAAGUAAAAGUUGCCUUUGUGGUCUGCUCAGGAAACCAGACACAGUCCCUCAUCUUCAAUAAUUCACGGUAUGACCAGGAAUUGGCACCUGUCUUAUUUUCAGUCCCUAUAGAACAUGGACAGCUUCGUCUAUUGAAUGGAAGAGGUCCCUGCACUGGAAGGGUUGAAGUCUAUUACAAUGGUACUUGGGGGACCAUCUGUGAUGAUUCUUGGGACCUAAGUGAUGCCCAUGUGGUGUGCAGGCAGCUGGGCUGUGGAGUGGCCCUCGAAGUCAUGGUCUCUGCUCACUUUGGACAAGGAUCAGGGCCCAUCUGGCUGGAUGAGCUCAGCUGCUCUGGAAAUGAAUCCCACCUAGGGGAGUGCCCUUCUGUCCAUUGGGGUCAGCAUGACUGCAGACACAAAGAGGAUGCUGGAGUCCUCUGCUCAGAAUCCCUGGAUCUCAGGCUGGUGAGUGAAGAACAUAAGUGCUCUGGGUGGCUUGAGGUUUUCUACAAUGGAACAUGGGGUAGUGUUUGCUCCAACUCCAUGGAUGACAACACCGUAUCAGUGAUUUGCAGACACCUGAGUUGUGGUUCCAAGGGGCAUAUUGAAACAUUUUCCAGCUCCCAAAAAAGUUUGGGGGCCAGGUGGAUAGACAGAAUCAAGUGCCAAGGUCAAGAAUCCUUGCUGUGGCAUUGUCCUUCUCAACCUUGGGACCAGAAUUCUUGCCAGCAGGGAGAGGAAACCCUUCUCACAUGUGAAGACAAACUCCGACUCAGGGGAGGAGACUCUCUAUGCUCUGGACGAGUGGAAAUCUGGCACAAUGGCUCCUGGGGGACAGUAUGUGAUGAUUCAUGGGACCUAGCAGAUGCUCAUGUGGUUUGUCAGCAGCUGGACUGUGGCUCUGCUCUGGCUGCCCCGCAAUGGUCUGCAUUUGGCCCAGGAAAUGGGACCAUCUGGUUGGAUGAUGUGCAGUGCAGAGGGAGGGAGUCCUCUCUGUGGGAUUGCCCUGCAAUGUCCUGGGGACAGAAUGACUGUAAGCAUGAGGAGGAUGCUGGUGUCAUAUGCUCAGUUGAAAGUACAACAUUGCUGUCUACCACGAAAGGACCAACCACUAGGACAGUUUCUGCCUCUUUGAACUCUCUGCUUGGGAUCUCCUGCCUCAUUUUAGGGGCCCUUCUCUUCCUGGUUCUCAUCCUCCUAGGGAUUCAGAUGCACAGAGGGAGAAUCCAGCAACAAGCUUUGUCCAGAUAUAGGGAUUCUCUUUAUGAAGCCGUGUACCAAGACAUUGAUUACUAUGUGACUGGGGACAAGGAGGACCUUCUGAGCAGCCCAGAUGUAUCAAGUCAGCCUGAUGACCCCCCAGGUGAUGGGUAUGAUGAUGCUGAGGAAUUAUCUGGGCCUGCAAUUCCACCUGUUACCCUGAUGAAUGAGGAGGGUACUCUGGGGCCUACUGAUGCAAGGGAUGAAUACAGGGAGUCACACACAGGUCAGUCUCCCAAGUCCUUUAGGGGAUCCCCUGACUCCAAGACAAGAGAGGAUGACCCACCAAUGUUCUCUGAGGACCAAGCAUAUGAUGAAGCUGAGACUGGUGUCCCUCAGAAGUCAAUUUAA